AUGGUUGGAAUAGCAAGAGCUCGUGGGUGUGGCACUUGCAGAAAGCGCAAGAUAGCGUGUGGAUUGGAGAAGCCUAGUUGUGCUCAAUGUCUCAAGUCAAAGCGAAUCUGCGUCGGAUACAGGAAGUACCCUAUCUUCAUCACUCAUCAGCCGCCUAAGGAGAACAAGGUAGAAGACACAGCACAAGCGGAUUUCGAGUCUGAUAGAUGGGCACAGUCUGGAGACUCCCGAGCCGGGUAUCCAGACUUCAAUUCGGCCGUCACCACUGCAGUAUCCCCUGGACCCCACCUUGGCCCGACAAAAUCGCUCGUUCCACUAGGGGCACAAGUCGAUGCCAAUCCUGUUCUUCGGCAGCAGCUUCUCAAAGUGUAUCUGGAUAGCCAUCUCUCCAAGACCCGAGUCGGACCCAUGCAGCAAAGGAUCUGGUUAAUACAGAUACCCUGCCUUCCGCAUAUUACUCCUGCAUUAGAGAUCUCAAUGAUGGCGCUGUGUCUAGCGAAAUUGGGAGAUCUCCACCACGACGAAGGACUAAGCUACGAGAGCCUCAAGCUGUACCGGCGUGCCCUCCACGUUCUGCAGUUAGCGCUGUGGGAUCCUGCAUUGAUGCUCGACGAACAGACUCUUACUGCCUGUGUGGCCUUGGGUAUGUAUGAAAUGAGCCAAUGUCCGAACCAAUCGAAACACGGCUAUGUCAGCCACACUCUAGGUUGCCGCAGACUUGUCCAGCUCCGCGGUCCCGAGGCACACGUGGAUGGUUUGGGCCAUGCGGUGUUUGUCCACUGGCGCAUUCAAGAGAUCCUUUACGCAUUGGACCAAGGCGAAUAUUCUUUCCUGAGAGACCCGUUGUGGCAGGAAGUGCCGUGGCGCAGACUACCCAAAACGCCAUACGACCGCAUCUAUGACUUUCUCAUCCGUGCUCCUGAGCUUCGCAAUCGGGGCGAGGUGCUCGAGUUUCUGGAUCCUUGUAGUAAAAUACAGCUCGCGACGGAGAUUAUCUGGAAGUGCUGGGAGAUGGACUCAGAAUUACAGUCAGUCUAUGAGUCUCUGGAGGCAUGCCAUGAAGGACCAUUGUCCUGGCCCGAGCUGGCGCACAAUAAAGACCUUCAUGGUGACUCUGAAGAUGGCAUGCUCUUUCCAGUUGCCUUUCAUUUCCCAAACCUAUCGAUCGCCAAUACCGUUAUCAUCUACUGGGCCGUCCAGGUAAUACUGUGGCAUGGGAUGUGGCAGCUCUAUCGUCUCCUGGACGAGUUGGAAUUGCACUUCCCUGCAGCGGCCAAAGUUGAGCACGGACAUGCUGUCAGCACGCGCUUCAAUUUUCCCCCUCUCGACCACCGAGCAGACUUUGCCGCACCGUGCCGCAACAUCUUCCAGUCGGUAGAAUACGCAUUGGAGGACAGCCUGUUGGAUCAAGGACCAAAAAGUGUUGCCUGUCCGUUGAGGAUUGCGUACGAGACGCUGCGGCUCUAUCCCAAACAUAAGCAGGAGAUCGCUUGGGCAGAACGGGCGAAGAAGAUGGUUGAGAGCCGCUCGUUACGGUUGCUUACCUACUAUAUUCCCCGGAGAUAG